AUUGCUGUGUGUGUUUUUCUUCUCCCGUGUUGUGUUAAGGUUUGGUUUUUGUGGUGCAGCAGUUUAAGAUUAUAUCACCCCGGGGUGACCGGUCAAAAUGCAAUGAACUUAGACCCUCCUUUCGUCGUGAACUCUUCAUCUGGCAAGGAAACAGAAUCUCAGAGCUCUCAGGCUAGCCAUUCUGCGUGGCGUUAUCGCUCCUUGUCAUUCAUUUGCUUGGGAUGCGGAUUACUUAGAAAGGAAAAGUCCAAGUAUCCGGUAACGUACAGGGCGAUCCUCAGGUAUUGGCAUAAGGUAAACCGUCUGCGAGGCGGCAGCGAGUGGAAACAUGUGAUUCCACCGGCCAUUGUGAAAGCGAGUCCGUGGAUAUCAGAGGAACUGCUUGGUCCAUUGUACGAAGAUCCGGCAUUCCUUUACAAGAACACUUGGAUGUGUGAAGACUGCUGUCUAGAGCAUUACAGCUCAAUCCUAUGGGAGCUAAGGGUUCGACAUCCAACAUGGGGACUUUUCAGCCAGACCGCUGACAAGGAGGAAGCAUCCUUAUUGAAGCCCGAUGUUAGGUCAGCGACGUCCCCACUGAAAUCACCAGACUUUGCCACUGUCGGAUUGGACUCCGAGCCGAUGGAUUUUUGGUUGGCCAGAGCUGCGAAACUGAAGAGACAGAAGCUGAGGCAGGCGGCUCGGAAGAAAAAGCUGAGCCUUGCAGCGAAAGCAGCAGAAGAAGCUGCGGCGAAAGAAGCACAAGAAGCUGCAGCGAAAGCAGCAGCAGAAGCUGCAGCGGGCAGAGCUGCCGAGAUAACUGGGACUGGAACUAGUGGGACUGAUCCUGGUCCUGGUACAACAGCGGAAAUAGAUUCAAUGGCAGAAGGAGCCUUCGUCUCUGAAGAGCACCAUCAAGAGAACAGUGAUAACAAUUUAAGCACGGUUUCAAUGGAAGCUGCAGGAGGGAGUUCCAUGACCCAAGCACAAUUGGAACCGCAACUGUCAUACGAGAGCCUGAUUCAUGGGACCACCACCGGGAUGGAGCAAGGUCUGCUGACCGCUGACCAAGGACAUUCCACCGAGUCGUUCCCCGUUUUUCCAGAAAUUUCAUUCGACAGAUUAGACAGCAAUGGCCAAGCUCACUUCUAUGACCUAACCACUUCCAGGCACGCUGUCGACACGGCCAGUGAUGUAGAGCCAAGCAGUGGCAUGGGCAUUUCCGCUGACUCACCGUCUCAAAUGAGGGAGAUGGAGAAAAGUAUGACUAAUAAGGUAACUGAGAGUGACGGCGUUUCAAGAUCUCUAAGCCGAAGGGGGUUGCGGAAAACCAGUGUACCGCGAUUGUUCCUGGCAUUCUCCCAAGCUUUGCCGGCACCCCUGACUACAUUGCGGGAUACGGAAACACUUAGUUCGGGGCUGGAUCCCAAUCCAGCAUCUCAGGAUGGAACCCCCGCCCGAUUGACUUCAUCCAGACACCAAUCAGAAAGUGGUGGUGAAUCUGUACCCAACAUCAGUGACGUAGAACCAGAUUCUGAGGUUGCAGCUGUCACGGAGGGGAUAGCUGAGAUAGCUGCUACUGCUUCCUUCUUCCCACCUACCCGUCCUUCCUUCAGGAGCAGGUUGGGAUCCCAACUGGGUGCCUUUGCGGUCACAGAAACAGAUUUCCCGGAAAGGCAGAAGAAGCUUAAACACCUCCACAAAGGACACCAAUCAGAAAGUGAUUUUGAAUCUGUACUCAACAUCAGUGACGUAGAACCAGAUUCUGAGGUUGCGGCUAUCACGGAGGGGGUAGCUGAGAUAGCUGCUACUGCUUCCUUCUUCCCACCUACCCGUCCUUCCUUCAGGAGCAGGUUGGGAUCCCAACCAGGUGCCUUUGCGGUUACCGAAACAGAUUUCCCGGAAAGCCAGAAGAAGCUUAAACACCUCCACAAAGGAGAUGACGAUUCGGAGCCUAAAGAGGAGGUAGAUGUGGCGAGAAGGGGCAGCAGCAAGGACAACCGCGCAGGUGCCUUCGCGGUCACAGAAACAGAUUCAGAAUAUCCCCAUGAUCAAAGGAAGAGGCCACCGUAUGAGGCAUACGUGUUUCCAGAACCAUCCAAGACAGGGAUGGAUGGAAAAGGACGGGACAGUUUUCGCAUGAAGAAGGGCUUUGGUAGUCAAUCAGCUGCAGCCGGUGGAUCAGGCAGAAGAUCCUACGGUGAAGAAUUUUCCGGAGCCGCCGAUAGCGACUUCCUGAGGGAGCAGCAGUUUGCCGCAAAUCGGAAACAGUUCCAAACACAGAAGGUUGAGAGGUCAGGACAGUUGCUCGACGGCCACCGAUUGUCAGCUGGUGAAUCCUAUGGUGAAGGUUCUUCCGAAAGCGCCGGCGCCAAUAUCCGCGAAGACACAGAGUUUGUGAUGAAUCUGAAGCAGACUGAGAGUCUCAAGACAAAAGAACUGCAACGUCCACGCUCGGCACCAAACACCUCGUCAACUCGCUACGAGUUUGUGAGUGAUAUGAAGGGGUACCGGACACCAGGUCCCGCGAGGAGGGCACAAAAGCCAAAGCAGGGCGUGUUUGCUCGAGGGCCGGUCAGGGGCCUUGACGAAGGGUGGAUAUCGGCCGACAUAUUGCCCCCCCCCGUUGAUCCUUGGGCUGGCGAACCGUAGCUGUUGACAACAACAUGAAAUGUAUGAAAGGGACCAAUGGCCCACUGGAUUUGGAGUUGGGUGGAGGUGGUCUUCAGCAAAGUUGAUAAG